AUGAUUGUCACAAUUAGUUUAUUUUUGAUAUCAAUAAUAUUACUAUUAUACUUGGAGUCACGCAAACCUAAAGGAUAUCCACCAGGUCCUAAAUGGUGGCCUAUUCUUGGCAGUGCGAUGGAAAUAGCGCGGAUACGAAAGGAUACAGGAUAUUUAUUUAAAACUUGUUCCGUACUUUGUGAAAAAUAUGGACCAGUGACUGGUUUAAAAAUCGGUAGUGAUCGCAUAGUGAUACUAAACGAUUAUAAUAGCGUAUGCUCUAUGCUUUCAAAUCCUGAUUGUGAAGGUAGACCAACUGGUCUUAUGUAUAAAGCAAGAACUUGGGGUAAAAGAAGAGGUCUUAUCGUUGUUGAUGGUCAAUUGUGGAUAGAACAACGUCGAUUUGUUCUUCGUCAUUUAAGAGACUUUGGUUACGGUCGAAAUAGUAUGGCUGCAAUCAUAGAGGAGGAAGCCUCGAAACUAGUCGAAUAUUUUGAGAAAUUGCUUUGUAAAGAGUGUCAUAAUGUAAAUGACGAUAUAAAUGGAACGUCAAGAGUUAAUAACAAUUAUAAUAUUGGUAUUAAUAAUAAUGAUGAAAUAUAUCGAUUGAAAAAUAAAAUGAUUGAAAAUGAAAGGAAAAUAUUUAAAUAUAACGUAAACGACAAAUAUAGUAUAGAUAAGGAAAUAAAUAAUGAGAAUAAUAUCCACGAUAAAUUAAAUAUAAAAAUAAAUGAUAACAAAUCGAAUAAUGCGUUUACUUCGAGACAAAUGAUCAUAUCGAUGGAUGAUGCCUUUGGCGUAACUGUUCUAAACACGUUAUGGAGAAUGAUAGCUGGUAAAAGGUUUAAUAUCGAUGACGAGACAUUGAUACAUUUUCAAAAGAUUCUUACAAAACUUUUAAAAGAGGUCGAUAUGAUAGGUGCACCAUUCAGUCAUUUUCCAUUAUUAAGGUUCAUUGCACCUAAACUUUCUGGUUACCAAUCGUUCAUAGAGACGCAUCAACAACUUUGGUCAUUCUUAUAUAAUGAAUUAAAAAACCACAAGAAUACGUUUAAUCCGAAUGCACCACGAGAUUUGAUGGAUGUUUAUUUAUCAGUUCUAAAAUUGGAAAAGUGUAAUAAAACAUUUUCAGAAUCUCAGUUAUUAGCUAUUUGUGUAGAUUUAUUUAUAGCUGGUUCUGAAACAACAUCCAAAGCUUUAGGUUUUUGUUUUCUGUAUUUAAUACUGUUUCCUAAUGUUCAAAAAAAAGCGCAAGAUGAAAUCGACCAAGUUAUUGGUCACGGACGUUUUCCAACAUUAGCCGAUCGGUCGAGUAUGAUCUAUUUAAACGCUAUUGUUUUGGAAUCAUUAAGAAUGUUUAUGGGGCGAACUUUGAAUGUACCACACAGAGCCUUAAAGGAUACAUAUAUAUUGGAUCAUAGAAUUCCGAAAGAUACAAUGAUUAUUGUCAAUUUUAAUGGAUUACUUAUGGACAAAUCUUGGAGUGAUCCAGAAGAAUUUAGACCAGAAAGAUUCAUUGACAAAAAUGGUAAAAUUUCUGUACAAGAUCAAUAUUUGCCGUUCAGUACAGGUCGACAUCGAUGUAUGGGAGAGUCACUAGCAAGAAGUAAUUUAUUCAUUGUAAUAACUGCUCUCUUACAAAGAUUUACGUUUUCUAUAGUACCUGGAGAAAAAAAACCAUCCACACUAGAUUUCCUAGAUGGUGUAACUGCUGGUCCAAAACCAUAUAAAGUAUUAGUUACUGCUAGGACAUAAUCCAUAUGCAAAUGUUCUAUGAACAUAUCAAAAUAUUAGAAAUAUUGUUAC